AUGAGGCUGCCCCAACUGAAAUUCCUAACAGCCGGGGGCGCCAGGCUCUCGGCGCCGUAUGUCAACCUCUCCGCUCCGAGAACCUACCAGCAUUAUGCAGAGGAAGGCCGCUGCAUCAACAGGAAAGCCGACCAACUGAUGAAGAGCAGUGACCUCCGUGCAACUGUAAUUUGUAAAAAUUUCAUCAGACAUGACAUCCAAAAUGGGAACAAGAUUAAGCACAAGGUUUUACAUGAAGAUGGAGAACCCACAGAUAGCAGCAAAAUGGGGAUAGCGGAAGAAGCUACCAAAAGCAGUGCCCCUUUUUUCCUCAACGACAAAUUAUUUUACAAUCACCUUGUCCUUAAAUUGAUGAAUGGAGAAAAAAAAAUGAAAACCAUUUCGAGUGAUUUCUUUUACCAUUUAAACAAAAUUCAUAUAAACUAUAUAAAUAACCAUUUUGGAGAGAGCUACUUAAUAUUUACCAAGACCUCUAAAAUAUUUUUCGCUGUGGUGGCUAGCUUUUCUGUUCUUUUAACCUUCUUCCUAGUAGCUUCCUCAAAUUAUCUAGAAUAUAAUAUAAUUUUGAAGUACCACAUAAAAUUCCAUUCUCUUCUUUUCUCAUUUUUCUCCGCUUACUAUUUGGGUUUACAAGUAGGUAGUUAUUAUUUUGCCAACAAUCUUCACUACAUAUAUACCUUCCUCUUUUUAGUAUCAUCAGUUAUUUCCAUGGGUAUGGCUGACUAUGACAUAUGGGCCUCCUACUAUUUUUUAAGCUUAAAUUACUUGGCCUUCAUAGUUAUUAAUUACUGUAAUAUGCGUUUGGGCAUAUUCCCUAGCUGCUUAUUUCAGAAUGUCAAUCGCGUUUUUUUCUUUUCCCUUUUGUCAAACUAUUUGGCUGUCAACAAGGGGAAAUAUAUCGAACAAAAUAUACACCUCUUGCGCGAUGAAGCAGUUGACGCGGGACGUUUCAGGCUGUUCAAA